GGAAGGGGCGUCGUUGCCUCGGGAACGGCGUCCUGGUCGCGAAAGAUGGCGGGGAAAGGUCUUGGCUCCGGGAGACGGAGCGUUCCAGGGGCGCCGCUCGCGCCGCGCGUUCCGCAGCCUACCGUACCUCGCCGGGACCUCCUCGCCAAGGAGGAGGAGUAUAAAGGUCUGAUAUCUGAAGGGACAGUUCAUCUACAUUCAGAAACUAAGUCAAAGAACAAAAACAAUAAUCCAGUAAACAAAGUUCAAACCAAACUACGCUCUGCAAGUAAAGGAAGGAAAACACAUUUAAGUAUAAAAUCAAAAUACUCUGAUGUACCAACUGCCAAUGAUGUUGCCAUUCCAGAGGAUUUCUCAGACUUUUCUCUUAUAAAAACAAUUAGCAAAAUUGAAGGGCAACUGGAGGAAGAAGGCUUUUCUGGUGAUACAGAUGAUGAUGAUAUUUUUUGUGGUGUUAGUAAAGACAUUGGAACAGAAGCACAGAUCAGAUUUCUAAAGGCCAAACUCCGUGUUAUGCAGGAGGAAUUGGAUAAUGUUGUAUGUGAAUGCAAUAAAAAGAAGGAUGAAAUUCAGGAUUUAAAGUCUCAGAUAAAAAAUUUUGAAGAAGAUUGUGUGAGACAGCAGCGAACAAUUAAUUUGCAACAGUCUCAAGCAGAAAAAUACAAAACUCUUUUUGAAGAAGCAAACAAAAAAUGUGAUGGAUUAUACCAACAGCUGUCUUCAUUAGAAAAGGUAACAAUUUUGCUCUUUUCUAACUUAAUGCCAAAGAUACACUAAAACAUUAAAGUUACACAUUCGUAUAGACACAACUUCUGGUUCAGUUAUUUUGUUAGUAUUUACUAAAUACUCCAUCAUAUA